AUGGCACAGGCCGAUCACUGUCAGCAGUUGCUUGAUAAAUUAAACAAACAAAGAGAGGCUGGCUUCUUGUGUGACUGCACCAUUCUGAUUGAUGACGUCCAAUAUAAAGCACACAGAAAUGUGUUGGCUUCAUUUAGUGAAUAUUUCAAGGCCAUAUUCCAGAACUCUUUGGACUCUACUGUACUUUUGGAUCAGAAGCUAGUUACACCAGCCGGAUUCCAGACAAUGCUGGAUUUCAUUUAUAGCGGUGACUUACAGUUCAAUAGAUGUAACAUAGAAGAAGUAUGUAAAGUUGCUGAAUAUCUGAGGGUGGAUGAAGUUGUUUCAGUAUGCUUACCUAAAAUGGACUCUGCUUCGGUGGUGAAAACCUGUGUUACAGAGUACCCCUAGCUAAGGACUUCCAAGGUACACAUAAAGACUGUUCUGUUUAUCACCCAUGUAGCACAAGUAAUACAGACAAAGGAGAAGCUAUAUGUUUUGCCAAAAAAGUUGCAAAUAAGAAAUCUCUUAGGAGCAAUAAAUGGAAACGGACAAUGCUUUCUCAUAAAAGGUGCCUGAAAAAGGUUCCUGAACAGCAGAAUCCUGUCACCAACUCUGCUCUCAGUGUGGAGGCAGGUCAGAUGGAUGAAGCCUUGACUGAACAUUUCUCCCAGGUUAAGGAUCACUGCUUACUAUCUUAUACAACUGCACUGAACUGUGAAAACCUUCUAAAGGAAGAUAGUGCGGCACAGCUGUCAGUUGGGAAGAAAAAAUACAUCAAGUCAAAGCUAAACUCCACUUUGAGAGAACACUGCAUGAGUAACAUUAGAGAAGAAGCUGAUGCCUGCAAAAUGGAAGGCAUAGCAAAGGACAUUGAACAGAAAUACCACAAAAAUAAGCCUACAUGUAGUAUAUGUUGUAAAGUUUUCUCAGAAGGCAGCAGCCUCCGGCGCCACAUGCGGAUUCACAAAGGUGUGAAGCCAUAUGUAUGCCAUUUAUGUGGAAAAGCUUUUACUCAGUGUAACCAGCUGAAAACACAUGUACGGACUCAUACAGGAGAAAAGCCAUAUCAAUGUAAACUCUGCGAUAAAGGAUUUGCCCAAAAAUGCCAGUUGGUUUUUCAUAGACGAAUGCAUCAUGGAGAGGAAAAGCCAUACAAAUGUGAUAUGUGCAAUCUACAGUUCGCAACUUCAAGCAAUCUUAAAAUUCAUGCUAGAAAACACAGCGGAGAAAAGCCAUAUGUCUGUGACCGAUGUGGUCAGAAGUUUGCACAGGCCAGUACCCUAACAUACCAUGUCCGCCGUCAUACAGGAGAAAAGCCAUAUGUCUGUGACACAUGUGGGAAAGCAUUUGCUGUAUCAAGUUCUCUAAUUACUCAUGCAAGAAAACACACAGGGGAAAAACCUUACAUCUGUGGAGUCUGUGGGAAGAGCUUCAUUUCUUCAGGAGAACUUAAUAAACAUUUCCGGUCUCAUACAGGAGAAAGGCCUUUCGUCUGUGAAGUUUGUGGAAAUUCUUACACAGAUGUGAAAAACUUGAAGAAACAUAAGCUGAAAGCACACUGUGGGAAUGAAGAUGGAGAUGAAUCAGAAACCGUUGAUGGCACAGUCAGCAAUGAAGACUUAGCCAAGAAAAGCCCGGUGCCAGACACACUUGACCUGAAGCCGUCUGAGCUGUUCUUACCACUCACACUACACAUUGGUCCGGAAGACCAUCAGAUGCUGCUGCCCCUGACAGAUAAUCAGAGUCUUUCUUCUGAGUCUUUAUUAAGGACAUCUGUGACUAAUUAUACAGAGCCACAGUUUAUAUUUUUACAGCAAAUGUACUGA